ACUUUCUCAGCAAACCCAGAGGAAUGUUUAACAGGGCGACGGCGAGCGGGGAUAAACAAAGGGUCAUCCGCCCGGCGCGCAACGUUACGUGACCCAGACCAGGACCGCGCAUGGCCAGGCUCCGGCGCCCUUGGCAGGCUGCUCUGCGUGCGCGCCGCGGAGACGAGCGCUGUAAAGAGAAACGGCCUCAAAACAAAGGAAUUCUUCCUCCAGCCCCUGGUGCAGGAUCCCAGCCUCCGACCUACAACGCGCCAGCCAAAGAGCCUGCAGAGCGCCGCGCGGGUUGCAGACCCUAGCGCGAGAGUGCGCGCUCCGCCUGCCCAAACUCCGCCUGCCCGCGGUGCGCGGAGACGACGGCGUUAUGCGGCUCCUCGCCACGCGGGAAGCAGCGAGGACACUCCCCUUUCCCGGCGCCCAGAAGUGGCGGAGGUAGUGGCGGUGACGACGACGACGACCACUAGGGAGCCUUGCUCGUUUAAAUCCCCCAAGCGGCUCGUCUAAACGAGGGAUGUUUCCCGCAGUAGCGGCGCUGCGCAGCACAGCUCGGCCAGACGUGUUCCUGGCUGCGCUGAAGUGAAGAAGGCGCGAUUUGGCGGCGCUUGGCACCGACCGAGGCUUCCUUCUUGUGCUCUAGGGGAGGUGGCGCCGAGGAUAAAGGUUGGAACGGACUGAGAUUUGUCCUCGCUCCUGCGAGGGAAAUCUGCUUUGGAGAAGCCUGCCUGCCUGCCUGGCCCAAGCUGAGGUGGACGGAAGAUGCACAGUGAAUCGGUGAGAAAUGGAAUACCUUUUUGACGCUGAUUGAAGGAAAUUCCUGUGCCAGCUUGCUGACCCAAGGGGGAGAUUGAUGCAAAAUCUCCCCCUAAAAUGUUCUGAAAAUGUACAGUAUUGCCAUUAAUUUAUUCCACUGAAAUAACUGCAGAAAUAUAUUCUGGAAUGACUAUAUUCAAUGCUCACUGAUAGUCAGUAAUUAUUAUUAUUACUAUAAUAAAGGACCACAUUCUCAAGUUGAAGGAGCACUGAGGAUGCCAUCGAUCACAAGAGCUUCAGGUGAGAAUGGGACUGUCGGCGAGGUCGAGGCGCGCUGCGGGGAGAUGGAGAUGGCGCAGCCGGCGCAGCUAGCGUCGCCGAGGAAAGCUGCCGGCGGCGAGCAAGCGGCGGCGAGGAGCAGCCCGCCGUCCGCCCCGAUGGAGCGGCGCGCUGCGGCAGACGGCGAGGACGGCAUCCUCGGCAGCGGCGGAACCAGCGCCGAAUCGCCCGCGCCCUGCGGCUUCAGCUCCUCGCUGUGCUUCAGCUCUCCCGGAGACAAAGCCCCGGCGCCCGAGCGCGACGCAGCCUCCUCGCCGUCGUCGGCGGGCAGCAGCGGAGGCAGCCGCGUGGUGCAAAGCCAGUGGGAGAUCAACAACGCGGCGUCCGAGUCAGAGGAGGAGGAAGGUGGAGGGGAAAGCAGCAGCAGCAGCAGCCAGCCUUCGUCGUCGUCGUCGCAGCAGCAGCCGUCGUCCCCUCCGGCUCCCGCGCAGGCCGUCGGCGAAGCGCUCCUUCAGGACCCGUGCGCCUCUCCCCCGGGGGGGACGCAGCCGGAGGAAGAGCCCGACCUGGUGAUCGAGGUGUCGGGCCGUCGAAUCCGCGCGCACAAGGCGGUGCUGGCGGCCAAGAGCGACUACUUCCGCGCGCGCUCGUCCAGGGACAUCCUGCGCGUCAAGGGCGUGAGCUACGCGGCGCUGCGCCUGCUGCUCGACUACGUGUACACGGCGCGCAUGGGCGACGUGCGCCACGACAACCUGGCCGAGGUGGUGAGCGGCGCGCGGGUGCUGCAGAUGCCGUGCGCCCUGCACUGCGCCGCCGAGGCCAUGAGGGCGCAGCUGCGCCUCGACAACUGCCUGCAGCUGCUGGCCCUGGCCAAGAAGCAGCGGCUGGCCGAGCUGCGCGAAGCCGCCUACCGCUUCAUGAGCGACCACUACCUGCAGGUGCUGCGCGAGCCGGCCGUCUACGGGCGCCUCAGCGGCGCCGAGAGGGACCUGAUCCUGCAGCGCCGCCUCGACGCCGGCAAGCCCUGCCUGCUGGUGGCCGAGGUGAGCGACGCCUUCGAGAGGCUCAACGCCGGGAGCAGGCCGCAGAGCCGAGAGAGCAGCAGGCCGCAGAGCCCCUCCUCCGUGGUGUCUCUGGACGACGGCGGCUACCUGCUCUACAGCUACCACGAGGCGGCCAAGGAGUGGAGGGUGCUGACCCGGCUGCCCGACGAGGCCAACGCCAAGGGGUGCGCCAUGUGCGUGCUCUACAACUACCUCUUCCUGGCUGGGGGCAUCUCCACAGGGCCAGGGGAACCCCGCACCAGGCUCUCCGACAAGGUCUUUUGCUACAACCCCUUGACGGACACCUGGAGCCAGGUGAAGCCCAUGGGGCAGCCUCGCUCACAGCUGAAGCUGCUGGCCCUCGACGGCUAUCUCUACGCGGUGGGCGGCGAGUGUCUCUUCACAGUGGAGAAAUACGACCCCCGGGCGGAUCGGUGGAGCCCGGUGGCUCCUUUGCCAAAAGGGGCUUUUGCCGUGGCUCACGAAGCCACCACCUGCAACGGGGAGAUCUACGUGUCGGGCGGGUCUCUCUUCUACCGCCUGCUCAAGUACGACCCCAAGCGGGAUGAGUGGCAGGAGUGCCCAUACAAUAGCAGCCGGCGACGCUCCGCUGACAUGGUGUCCUACAAGAACUUCAUCUACCGCUUCGACGUGAGCAGCAGCCGUGGGGAGCCGGGGCAGGCCGGUGGGGUGGAGGUCUUCCGGUACAAUUCAGUGGCCAAGCACUGGAGUCAGUGUGCUUCCUUGCGCCCUGGCGGCAACCCGGUGCAGCCGUUCCGCUGUGCCGCCUUGGGCAGUGCCAUCUACUGUGUCAACCGGACUGGAAUGCUGUGCUUUGCCCUGUCCCAGAAUGGCGAGGUGGAAGCAGAUGGUGGACUCAAGGGGAGCUUUGAGCCAGAGCUUCUCAAAGCCCCAUUUGAUACUAAAGGGGUCCUUCUCCCGUUUGUACUUACCCUGCCGGAGAAAGAGAAAACGGGGGAGCCAGAAAGUCCUCUGACGUUAUGAGAACUGACCUAGCUCUGGGAAGGCCGGCUGGAGUUUAUCUCAGUGCUUUGCUCUGAUGAAUAUCGGCAGGACCAGGCCUCUGCCAAGGAAAGGGUCAGAGCAGGUGCAUGGUCUCCAGCCUUCAUUGGUGGUGGUAGUGAUUGGGGCUGCAGUUUAACUUGCAGAGGCUAAUCCAAGGCGAAAAGUGUGUAACAGCCUCUUUGCACCGAAAGAAACAAACAGAAAGCCACUGUCAGAAGUUUACCAAAUUAACACGUGCAUGCACCACUAUGGAUGGAGAAUUGGGAUGGUGUCCCACCUAAAGCGUUGGCUAGCUGGCUGUAGCCUCUCAGAGCUCUCUAGCAUAGUUCACAUAGGAAACGGCUCACCUCUCAGCACAGAUACAAAGCAGUCAUUGCAAAGCUGCUAAAAUAGAUUAAUUGUUGUGCAAUGCCCGUGCCACUUUUCAGUCUAGAAGUAUUUUGGAGAUAUAUAUAUAUAAAAUUCAGGAAAGCAGCAACUUUCAAAGGAAUUUCAGCUAUGAAAUGGUUCUUUUUGUAAAUAUGCAUCUUUGGAAAAGGGGAAUCUUUCUUUUUCUUUUUCUUUUGCCUCCCUGACCUCUUGGCUUUCUUUUCUUGGAUGCUCGUAGUAAUUACCAGAAGAAAAGCUGCUGGCAGUCCCCAUUCAGAGAGUAUACCUUUUAGGAAGAUUAACAGGGGAAAGAAACAAUGCUUCUUGUGUUGGAAGCAGUGGACUAUAGAGCCAGGUCACAGUAUCCUCCCUCCUUUCCCCCUUUUUAACAUUUAAUGGAGUCUUUAUUGAAGACAUGGCAUUGUACAGCCUUAGGAAGUUGCAUCCACAGUGUGUGAUUUAACAGAAUCCAGAUUUCAAGGUUUUAAAAAAAGUUAAAUGUCUCCCAUAUGUACAUAGUGGGAGUAGAAAGCCUCCUAUAUGUACAUUUUGGGUUUAGAGGUUAACUAAAACAAACAAAUCAAUGCAUCAAUUCAAAUUUGAAUUUUGCUUCUUUUUUUGUAAAGUUGUGCAUAUAUAUAUAUAUAUAUAUAUAUGCCACAUCAUAAUUAUCAAUUUUGGUUUUAACAUAACUGCUGGCUUUCAAUCAUGGUUUUGUAUUGUAACUCAUUCAUUCAAAUCUUGGCAAAUUGGCAUGAAUGAACAUACCUGUGAAUUCUUUGUAGGGGAGAUUUCAGUUCGUUUCAGAUCACUGCUGUUAACUGCAAAUCAAGUCACUGAAAAGCCAAAUGUGGUUUACUUGAAGCUUCUUGCAUACAAUUGAAAUAUUUUGCUUUGAUGUCCGGAAUCCUUCUGCAAGAAAUAGCUCUUCCAUUGUUCGCAUAAGGAAACGAGAAGUUUGCUUAGAGAAGGUGAUUUCCAUUUGCCCAGGCAGCACCCUAGGUUGCAAAUGAGACUGAUUUAUUGUAGUUAAUAAUUCACCUGUCAAGUUCAUUUUGUACAGAGAGGCCAUAUACUUUUGGUUUGUUUGUUUUCAUUCUAAAUCUUAUGCUGAGUAAUUGCUUUCCAGGCAGCAUGUUCUCAGAAGAAUAUCAGCCUUCAGGCUUGCAGGCAGUCCCAGCAUAUUGGCUUCCAUGUUAUAUGGAUUGGCAUCAAAACAAUUAUUUUCAGUCAAUUUAAAAUUUGACUAAGCUUUGUAAGCUUGCCUAAAAAACAACAACCCACCUGGGCUUACACAAGAGGCUUACACUAGCCCAGCGAAUGUUUUCCUUCUGUCCUUUGAAGAGCUAACCACUACUGUUGAAAGCCCCUUCAGUUCCAAACACAGUUUGCCCUGAUACACGUGGAAGGGGGAGAGGUUGCUUUUGGAGGAAAGCAAACCCCAAGCCUCUCCCUGCUUAGAGAACUAUUUCCUUGGCUUUUUGGAUCCUAGCCAUUGAGUUUUAUGGAGCUUAUUCCAGCACGUGUUCUUGCCAAAUAGAUGAAGCUCAUGCAUGCUUAUGUGGAAAUAAAUCCCAAUGGAAAUUAAUCCCAAAUUAAAAGUGAAUCACUUACUUUUGCAAUCUA